CUCGCGGCGGCUCCAUGCGGCCACUCCCGGCGUUCACGAUCUCCCGCCUCGCCGCCGUCGGCGCGGACCCCUGCGGCGUGCCGCUCCCCGUGUUCAACUCCCUCCUCUCCAGCCUCGCCUCCUCCGACCCCUCCCACGCGCACCUGCCGCUCCACCUCUUCCGCCGCCUCCUCCUCCUCCCAGCCCGCCGCCCGGACGCCUUCACGCUCUCCUCCCUCGCCUCCUCCUUCCUCCCCCUCCACCCCCGCUCCCACGCCGCCGCCUCCCUCCACGCCUUCUCCCUCCGGCUCGGCCUCCUGCACGCCGACCCCGUCCUCACCAACUCCAUCCUGCUCCUCUACCUCCGCUCGCCCCACCGCUCCUCCACCUCCGGCACGGCGCUCUGCCUGUUCGACGAAAUGCCCGCCCGCACCGCCUCCACCUACAACGCGCUCAUCUCCCACGCCCCCGCUGGCAUCGACCUCCGGUCCCUGGCGCGCCACAUGGUCGCGGACGGGCUCUGCCCGGACAGGUUCACGGCCUCGGCGCUCCUGUCCGCGUGCGCGUCCGAGCGCGAGGGCAGGGAGCUGCAUUGCUUUGCCGUCAAGCGCGGGAUGUGCGGCGACGGCGAUUUCCAUGUCAGCAGCGGGUUUGUCUCCAUGUACUGCAGGGUCUCCCGGCCAGACCUUGCGCGCAGGGUUUUUGACAGGAUGCAUCAGAGGAAUGUCGUCUCGUGGACUGCCAUGGUGGGAGGGUACGCCGAGAAUGGCAUGUUUGAGGAUGCGGCGAAGGCUUUCCGGGCAAUGUGGGCGGUUGAUGGUAUUCUGCCGAAUAGGGUCGCGUUGAUCAGUGUGCUGUCGGCUGUCGAGGGCCUCAUGGGCUUAGCAGAGGGCAAGCAAGUGCAUGGUUUCGCCGCGAGGAUGGGGCUCUAUGGGGAGGUGUCCCUCAACAAUGCUUUGGUUGAUAUGUAUGCAAAGGGCGGAGCCUUGCGUUAUGCAAGGCGCAUUUUCGAUGAUGGUACUUGGCGCAAAGAUGUCAUCUCUUGGGGUUCAAUGGUACUUGGUUAUGGCCUUCAUGGUAUGGGUAUGGAGGCAGUUGCCUUGUUUGAUCAGAUGCAUGCUUCUGGGGUUAAGCCAGACAGCAUAGUUGGUCUGGGUGUGCUUUCCGCGUGCUGCAGGGCAGGAUUGGUGUUGAAGGGACUUGAGAUAUACAACUCCCUGGUGAAGGAUCAUAAAGUCCAUCCAACCGAGGAGAUGUCUGCUUGCGUAGUUGAUUUACUGGGGCGUUCUGGGUUGAUUGACCAUGCCUUGGACUUCAUAAAGUCAAUGAGCGUAGAGCCAGGCCCUAGUGUAUGGGGAGCACUUCUGGAUGCCUCUGUUAUUCACAGUAACAAAGAGACUCAAGAUUUAGCUUGCAGGUCUCUUCUUAGAUUGGAAGAAGAGAGCCCAUCAAAUCUUGUCUCGGUAUCUAACCUACACGCCUCUUCUGGUAGGUGGAAUAUUGUUGAACAAGUGAGGGCAAAGAUUAAACACGGAACAUUGAAGAAAACACCUGGUCGCAGUUGGGUAAAUGCAGCAAUAUAGUGACUAUCACUAUUCUUCUAGGAGUGAAUUGUUCACGACUCUUUCAGUGGUUCAGAGCUCUACCAGCGCACAUAAACUGGUAUGCUCUGGAAUCAUUGGCAUUGUACAGGACUACAUCAAAGCAAAUUGUACCAUUGGCAGUUAAAAGAGCAGAGCUGCUGUAUUUACUCUAUGCUCAUACAUGUACGUUCGGGCGGAUGUUAUUACAGCAAACGAAGUGCCUCUGCAACAACGGUGUGGUUGUUUGCAAUGUUCACUCUUCCCAUGUACUCUUACACCAGUCUGCAAAGUCAGAAAUGCCACACAUUGAAUUCCAAGACUAAUUUCCUGCGGCACUGAUCCAAAUCCAUGUGCAUCAACACUCCUAAGCCAGAUUUAUUGUUACAGAUAAAGAGUCUGUAUGGUGGUAGCUUCCUUGUUGCAAGUUCCACUGGGGUCUCCGAAGCUCGCAAACUUAACCCAAGAGAUAAUUCUGCCUUUGGGGCAAGGCAGCUCUACUUUUGCUGCUUUGCUAUACCUGUGACCGUGAGAACCAUUCCAUGUUCCUGUCAAGAUCCUUUUUCGAGUCAUCGUAAAAAAAUAUGUACUGGAUUAGGAUGUUAUGUAACUGAAUCAGGUGCUCCCAUGGUAUUCUUGCUUAGCAAAUUUGAUUUAACUAUCCUUUGGGAAGGUCAAGGAAGCUACUCGUUGAUGGAAAGGACUCUGAUUAACCAGAAAUGCCAUGUGAAGAGCCACGACAUCAAGAGGUAUCUAUGUUAGCGAAAAGGGCUCUAUCAAAUAAGAGUGGUGAGCUGCAUUUUCCUCAGUAGCUCGUGCUCCCUCCAUCCAUAUAUAUAAUGCGUUUUUCGAGAUUGCCUUUGACUAUUGAUAAGAUUACUAGUAUAUGAGAUGUAUAAUGUGGAAAUUCUAUCGUUGGAAGCUCCUUUCACAUACAAAUUUGAUGAUAUGCUUUGUGUAACUUACAUGUCAUAUUAUUGCUCUAACAUGUGGUCAAAGUUAACCUCGAAAAACGCUGGAUAGAUGGAUAGUAGCAAAUUUUUUUGCUGGGAGUCGUAAUCAACAUGAUCUGUUGACACUACUCACUCGGGAUCUCAGAUUGGUAGGGUUUGAUCUCUAAGUCUG